AUGGCCCAGCAAGCCAACAUCGGGGAGCUCGUCUCCAUGCUGGACUCCCCCGUGCUGAGCGUGCGUGAUGACGUAACAGCCGUCUUUAAAGAGAACCUCAAUUCUGACCGUGGUCCGAUGCUCGUAAACACCUUGGUGGAUUAUUACCUGGAAACCAGUUCUCAGCCGGUAUUGCACAUCCUGACUACCCUGCAAGAGCCGCACGAUAAGCACCUCCUGGACAAAAUGAACGACUGUGUGGGCAGAGCCGCCUCGCGGUUGCCCGCCCUGUCGUUGCUGGGCCACGUCAUCAGGCUGCAGCCGCCCUGGAAGCACAAGCUGUCUCAAGCACCUCUCUUGCCUUCUUUGCUCAAAUGUCUCAAGGUGGACACCGAUGUCAUUGUCCUCACAACAGGUGUCUUAGUGUUGAUAACCAUGCUACCAAUGAUUCCACAGUCGGGGAAACAGCACCUUCAUGAUUUCUUUGAUAUUUUUGGCCGUCUUUCGUCGUGGUGCCUGAAGAAACCAGGCCACGUGACGGAAAUCUAUCUUGUCCAUCUCCACGCCAGCGUCUACGCUCUUUUUCAUCGCCUCUAUGGAAUGUACCCUUGCAACUUUGUCUCCUUUCUACGCUCUCACUACAGUAUGAAGGAGAACUUGGACACUUUUGAAGAGGUGGUCAGGCCGAUGAUGGAGCAUGUGCGAAUUCACCCGGAAUUAGUGACUGGAUCCAAGGACCACGAACUGGACCCUCGAAGGUGGAAGAGAUUAGAAACGCACGAUGUUGUGAUAGAGUGUGCCAAAAUCUCUCUGGACCCCACAGAAGCCUCGUAUGAAGACAGCGACUCUGUGUCCCCCCAGGUGUCAGCACACUUUCCUCAUCGUGCGGCCGAUGUGGCCGCCAGCCCUUACGUCGACACGCAGAAUAGCUGUGGGAGUGCUACCUCGACCCCUUAUUCCGGCUCUCGGCUGACAUUGUUAAAUACGCCCGGGCAGCCACCUCAGACUCUGAGUCCCCCAUCAACACGGCUGUCGACUGAGCCGCCACAAGCUACUCUCUGGAGCCCGUCUAUGGUUUGUGGUAUGACCACUCCUCCAACUUCUCCUGGAAACGUCCCACCUGACCUGUCACACCCUUACAGUAAAGCCUUUGGUCCAACUGGUGGAAAAGGGACUCCUCUGGGAACCCCAGCAACGUCUCCUCCUCCAGCCCCACUCUGCCACCCGGACGACUACGUUCACCCAUCCGUCCUGCAGGCCACGGCCACGCCCCCCAGGAAGGAAGAGAGAACAGAUUCAGCAAGGCCCUGUCUACACAGACAACACCAUCUUCCGAAUGACAGAGGAUUAGAAGAGCUAUCUGGCAGCAAAGGUUCUGUCACUCUCAGUGACCUUCCAGGGUUUUUAGGGGACCUGGCCUCGGAAGAAGAUAGUGUUGAAAAAGAUAAAGAAGAAGCGGCAAUAUCUAAAGAGCUCUCCGAGAUCACCACAGCUGACGCCGAGCUCCUGGUUCCUCGAGGAGGCUUCGACUCUCCCUUCUACCGGGACAGUCUCCCGGGCUGCCCUCGGAAGACCCAUUCGGCCGCCUCCGUCGCUCACGGCACCAGUGUGAACCCUGAGCCUUUAAACUCCUCCCUGGACAAGCUUGGGCCUGACGCACCAAAGCAAGCCUUUACUCCCAUAGAUCUGCCCUGUGGAGGCACCAGCGAGAGCCCUGCCGGGAACAGGGAGCGCCAGGCUUCGCUGGAGACCAACAUCCUCACUCCCAGCCCUUGUAAAAUCCCGCCUCAGAGGGGCGUGGGCCUUGGAAGUGGGCAGCCUCCCCCUUACGAGCAUCUUUUUGAGGUGGCGUUGCCAAAGACCGCCCAUCACUUCGUCGGCAAGAAGACCAAGGAACUGUUAAAGAAAGCGAAAGGGAACGCGGAGGAAGACCGUGCGCCCUCUACCUCCCCGGUGGAAAUACUGGAUAGACUGAUACAGCAGGGAGCGGACGCACACAGCAAGGAGCUGAACAGGUUGUCUUUACCCAGCAAGUCUGUCGACUGGACCCACUUUGGAGGCUCUCCUCCCUCAGAUGAGAUCCGCACCCUCCGUAACCAGUUGCUUUUACUGCACAACCAGCUGCUCUAUGAGCGUUUUAAGAGGCAGCAGCAUGCUCUCCGGAACAGGCGACUCCUCCGUCGGGUGACCAGGGCGGCGGCUCUGGAGGAGCACAACGCCGCCAUGAAAGACCAGCUGAAGUUACAAGAGAAGGACAUCCAGAUAUGGAAGGUCAGUCUGCAGAAGGAACAAGCCAGAAACAGUCAGCUGCAGGAGCAGCGAGACACGAUGGUGACCCAGCUCCACAGCCAGAUCAGACAGCUGCAGCACGACCGAGAGGAGUUCUACAACCAGAGCCAGGAGCUGCAGACAAAGCUGGAGGACUGCAGGAACAUGAUCGCAGAGCUGCGUCUGGAGUUGAAGAAAGCCAACAGUAAGGUGUGCCAUACCGAGCUGCUGCUCAGUCAGGUCUCCCAGAAGCUCUCGAACAGCGAGUCGGUCCAGCAGCAGAUGGAGUUCUUGAACAGGCAGCUGCUCGUCCUUGGGGAGGUCAACGAGCUGUAUCUGGAGCAGCUGCAGAACAAGCACUCGGACACCACAAAGGAAGUGGAAAUGAUGAAAGCUGCAUAUCGGAAAGAACUAGAAAAAAACAGAAGCCAUGUCCUCCAGCAGAAUCAGAGGCUCGACACCUCUCAGAAACGGAUUUUGGAACUGGAAUCUCACCUGGCCAAGAAAGACCACCUUCUUUUGGAACAGAAGAAAUAUUUAGAGGAUGUCAAACUCCAGGCCAGAGGACAGCUGCAGGCGGCAGAGAGCAGGUAUGAGGCUCAGAAGAGGAUCACCCAGGUGUUUGAGUUGGAGAUCUUAGAUUUAUACGGCAGGUUGGAGAAGGACAGCCUCCUGAAGAAACUUGAAGAAGAAAAAGCAGAAGCAGCAGAAGCGGCAGAAGAAAGGCUUGCCUGUUGUAAGGACGGCUGCUCGGAUUCUGUAACAGGGCACAACGAAGAGGCACCUGGCCACAACGGCGAGACCAAGCCCCCCAGGCCCGCCGGUGUGCGGGGCGGCGGUGGAAGCAGAGGGGGCAGCAGUGGCGAGCUCUCGACCCCGGAGAAGCCCCCCAGCCAGAGGGCGGGCCCGUUCGGCAGUCGGUGGGAGACGACCACGGGAGAGCCCGCCACCAGCAUCCCGACCACCGUUGGCUCCCUUCCCAGUUCGAAAAGCUUCCUGGGCAGGAAGGCGCGAGAGUUAUUUCGUAAUAAGAGCGAGAGCCAGUGUGACGAGGACAGCGUGACCAUCAGUAGCCUUUCUGAAACGCUAAAGACAGAACCGGGCAAAGACCCGGGUGCGGAAGGCAAGGCCCCCCCGAGCCUAGACGGCCCGCACCCGUCCCCCCCGACCCCGGACAGUGUUGGACAGCUGCAUAUCAUGGACUACAACGAGACUCAUCAUGAACACAGCGAAGGAUGA